GGAGAGGCAGAAUGCAGGGGCAGAGAGGUGAAGGGGCAGAAUGCAGGGGCAGUCAAAGGGAGAGGCGGAAUGCAGGGGCAGAGAGGGGGAGAGGCAGAAUGCAGGGGAAGUCAAAGGGAGAGGCAGAAUGCAGGGGCAGAGAGGGGGAGAGGCAGAAGGCAGGGGCAGUCAAAGGGAGAGGCAGAAUGCAGGGGCAGAGAGGGGGAGAGGCAGAAGGCAGGGGCAGUCAAAGGGAGAGGCAGAAUGCAGGGGCAGAGAGGGGGAGAGGCAGAAGGCAGGGGCAGUCAAAGGGAGAGGCAGAAUGCAGGGGCAGUCAAAGGGAGAGGCAGAAUGCAGGGGCAGUCAAAGGGAGAGGCAGAAUGCAGGGGCAGUCAAAAGGAGAGGCAGAGGGUACCGCAAGGUGAUUUGAAGCAGGGCAUGUGGAGGGAGGGGCAAGCAGGCUGGCACGUUCUGUGGUAUACGUCUGUGAAGGAUUGGGAGGAGAUUCCCUGUUGCAAGCACGUGUGCAGGGCGGAAAGCAAACUCCGCGGUACAGGAGUGCUUGUCGAAGGGUUAAGCAGAAUCCUUAUGAGAGAUCCGUGUGUGGCAUUAUAGUUGCGUUGGUGCCGGCUUUCUUAGGCUUGCUGUGGCUUGCGUUUGCUUGCUGUGGCCUUGUCUCUCUUCCUCACCAUCGAAGCCAUCAUCCUGCUCUGUUGGGAGUGUCAAUUAAUUUCAAUGAAUCCAAUGCCGAGCACCAUAACCAGCACUGUCUUCAUCACAAUGCAAUAAG